UUUCAACAGAGUUCCAUUCCUGAUUCCUCCGCUUCUUCGCGGUGAGUGAGGGAGGAGCAGAAGAUUUCCAUCCAGGCGAUGGGGACGCAGUUCGCUUUCCCACUCAAAGCGUCUCAAUUGCUUUCUAUCCAUGGCGUUUCUUCUCCUUUCUCCUGCUUCGGUUGUCGUAACAGUUCUGUAAACUGUAAAACCAGUAAGACUUCAUUUGGUUCAACGCAGGGCAAAGGUGUGGAAGAAGAAACAUUUUUAAUGGCUUCCAGGAGAUGUCCCAGUACCAUCAACAACUUGAUUUUCAAUAACUCGAAUAUUAGUUGCAGCAAUAAGGAAGAAAUUUCUUGUGAAAUAUACAACAUUUCGAUUCGUAAUUACUGUAGAGAAGGCGAUAUUGAUAAAUCCAUGGCGUUGCUUGCUCAGAUGGAGGCUCUGGGGAUUCGUCCCAAUUUGAUAUCUUACACUUGUGUAAUUGAAGCUCUCGGAAGCGUAGGUCGGACUCUUGAAGCAGAUGCUAUCUUUCAGGAGAUGAGGUGGAGUGGUUUUGAGCCGAGAGUGAAAGCUUAUAAUGUUCUGCUCAAAGGGUUUUUAAGGAAAGGGCUCUUAGGGCUUGCAGAUAGAGUUUUGUUGGAAAUGGGUGAUCUGGAUAUUGGACGAAACCAAGACACCUAUGAGAUUCUACUCGAUUACUAUGUCCAUGCUGGUCGGUUGGAUGACACCUGGUCGGUUAUCAAUGAAAUGAAACGAGAGGGUUUGAAGUUGAAUUCUUAUGUGUAUAGCAAGAUUAUCAAUCUUUACAGAGACAAUGGAAUGUGGCAGAAAGCCAUGGACGUUUUGAGGGAGAUGAGAGAAAUGGGGGUGCCACUUGAUAGACGAAUCUAUAACAGCAUAAUCGAUACGUUUGGGAAAUAUGGUGAACUGGAGGAAGCUGUUGGAGCAUUUGAGAAUAUGCAGAAAGAAGGUAUAAGGCCUGAUAUAAUGACAUGGAAUUCUUUGAUCCGGUGGCACUGUAAGGCCGGCGAAGUCGGUGGAGCUCUUGAGUUCUUGACUAAGAUGCAAGAACAAGGGCUGUAUCCAGAUCCCAAAAUUUUUGUUAAUAUCAUUAGCCGGUUGGCAGAGCAAGGGAAAUGGAAUGCCAUUAAGAAGAACUUUGAGAAUAUGAAACAUAGAGGGUUGAGGAAGAGUGGGGUCAUUUAUGCUGUUCUGGCAGAUAUCUAUGGGCAAUAUGGGAGAUUUCAGGAUGCUGAUGAGUGCUUAUUGGCCCUGAAGUCAGAAGGUCUAAAGCCUUCAGCAAACAUGUUUUGUGCGUUAGCAAAUGCUUAUGCUCAACAGGGAUUAUGUGAACAGACUGUUCGGAUUCUUCAGCUCAUGGAAGCAGAUGGAAUUGAACCAAACCUUAUAAUGCUGAAUAUGUUGAUCAAUGCGUUUGGUGUUGCUGGGAGACAUUUAGAGGCAUUAUCAAUUUUCUACCAUAUGAAGGACAGUGGAAUUAAUCCUGAUGUGGUUACUUACAGUACACUUAUGAAGGCAUUUAUUAGGGCAAGGAAAUUUGACCAGGUUCCUGGAAUCUAUAAGGAAAUGGAAUGUGCUGGAUGCACUCCAGAUAGAAGGGCAAGGGAGAUGCUGCAGAAUGCUUUGAUGGUUCUUGAGCAGAGGCAUGGUCCCAGAUAUCUUUAUAAUUCAGAACGUAUAUACUAAUCCCAAAAGCCACAAUCACUUUCAAGAAUGGAGGAUGAUACCUCAAAAGGUUUAGCAUCUUUACUGGAAAAGUGGAAUCACUAUGAUUUGGCAUUGCAAUCUUUAAUGGUUUCUUUGGGGAUAAACUUGGAUACAACCUUCCGUGAUGCUUUUCAUCAACAUACAUCUACAACAAAAUACGGAGAUAUAUCCUAAACAUGCCAAGACCCCAGAUAGGACCAACAUUGGGUAAUGGCCUUUAUCCUCAAGUUCCUGGCAAUACAGAUUUGUUGGGGAUUGGUGAGAAGGACUUCCAUCUGUUGAGUGACUUUGUAGGAGAUAGCAUGAUGGUGGAUAUCAAGAAAAUCUCCUACUACAUUCAUCUGAUGGAACAAACUGAGUUUCUUCAACCUUCACCUCCUCAGGAAUGUUUAUUGUUGAUCAUCUUCCAUGUGGAUAUGGAGGAAUAGGAAGGGAAUGAUGAUUUUGGACCCAGCACUGCUUUUACUUCAUGAUGCAUAUCAGUAUCAAUGGCUUAGAAUGAGGUCGAAUAAUGAGGAAGGGUGAAGAACAGCUGAAACAAAGAAGAAACUGCAAUCUUUUUAGGUGACAAAUCCAGCUAUAUAUAUAUUGGAAAAUGGAUGUGUUUAUUAAAAAAGAGGGAGAGUUACCCUCGAGAAAAAGGUAUACAAAAAGAUAUGCAGCUGCUACUGGCAACAGGCUAACUCUAUUCUGUACAUCAAAACUUGCUGGCUUGAAGGCACUAUUAGAUACAAUUACACCAUUGAUUACGAAAGUGUAUCUAAAGUUGUAAAAGUCCUUAUGAGCUCUAGCUUGGCGGAUACUCUAGCAGAGUAGGGAGCUGAUAGACCCACUUUAUUUUGGGCAAUUUUGUAACACGUUGUAACCUGGGUCAUUUAAAGAUGACUUACCUUGUACUUCCAUAGUAACUUUUAAUUAAAUAAAGGAAUUUACUUACUGAUAAAUAAAUGGAUAGUUGCUGCU